AUCUGCGGCGGCCGAUGUGCUGGCUGUAAAAACAAGGCAGGUCGGGGCGUCAGCUGGCGAUCCCUGGGUGUUGUUAUCUGUGUGGGUGUGCGGAGCGGGUUCGAAGCCAGCCAGAAAUUCUGUUGAAGAAUAUGAAGAAAACCCAAGAAAGUUUGUGCAACAAAGAAAGAGAAUUUGUAUACAAAUUCAAAGUAGGCACUGAGUGCUUAGAAGUGAGGGUGCCCCUCAGGUUUCCUGCCCAAGAGAAUGCCAGUCACUUGCAUGGGCGUCUGAUGCUGCUGCACAAUUUGCCUUGUUUUAUAGAAAAUGACUUGAAGGAGGCUCUGAGCCGGUUCAUAGAAGAGGAGACCCUGCGGGACUGUGACAGAGACGCCGAAGCCUCCCUGGACGCCGUGGCGUCAGGCCAGGCCGACCUGCAUCAGCUGGCGAGCGCGUGGGCCAAGGCGUACGCAGAGACCACCUUAGAGCACGCGAGGCCCGAGGAGCCAAGCUGGGACGAAGACUUUGCAGACGUGUACCACGACCUGAUCCACUCGCCGGCUUCUGAGACGCUCCUGAAUCUGGAACAUAAUUAUUUUGUUAGCAUCUCGGAACUGAUUGGGGAAAGAGAUGUGGAGCUGAAGAAAUUACGAGAGAGACAAGGGAUUGAAAUGGAAAAGGUGAUGCAGGAGCUGGGAAAGUCACUCACAGAUCAAGAUGUAAACUCACUGGCUGCCCAGCACUUUGAAUCCCAGCAGGACUUAGAGAAUAAAUGGGCAAAUGAACUGAAGCAGUCAACAGCCAUCCAAAAACAAGAGUAUCAAGAAUGGGUGAUAAAACUUCACCAGGACCUGAAAAACCCUAACAACAGCUCCCUCAGUGAAGAAAUUAAAGUUCAGCCAAGUCAGUUCAGAGAAUCUGUAGAUGCAAUUGGAAGGAUUUAUGAGGAACAAAGGAAGUUAGAAGAAAGUUUUACCAUUCACUUAGGAGCCCAGCUGAAGACCAUGCAUAACCUGAGGUUGCUGAGGGCGGACACGCUCGACUUCUGCAAGCAUAAGAGAAGCCAUCGGAGCGGCGUGAAGCUGCAUCGGCUGCAGACGGCGCUCUCUCUCUACUCCACGUCCCUCUGUGGCCUGGUGCUGCUGGUGGAUAACCGCAUUAACUCAUACAGCGGGGUUAAGAGAGAUUUUGCCACCGUUUGCCAAGAAUGCACAGAUUUCCACUUUCCACGAAUUGAAGAGCAGCUGGAAGUUGUCCAGCAGGUGGCGCUCUACGCAAGGACCCAGCGCAGGAGCAAAGCGAAGGAAGCACAGGAUUCUGGAAACCAAAAUGGAGGAAGUGAUGAUAAAUCAAAGAACACUGAGAGAAACUAUUUAAAUAUCUUACCUGGCGAGUUUUACAUCACGCGGCAUUCUAAUCUCUCAGAAAUCCACGUUGCCUUCCAUCUGUGUGUGGACGACAACGUGAAGUCAGGAAAUAUCACUGCUCGUGAUCCUGCCAUCAUGGGACUCAGAAAUAUUCUCAAGGUUUGCUGCACCCACGACAUCACAACAAUAAGCAUUCCUCUGCUGCUGGUGCAUGACAUGUCGGAGGAAAUGACUAUUCCCUGGUGCUUACGGAGAGCAGAGCUGGUGUUUAAGUGUGUCAAAGGUUUCAUGAUGGAAAUGGCUUCAUGGGAUGGAGGAAUUUCUAGGACAGUACAAUUUCUGGUACCACAGAGUAUUUCUGAAGAAAUGUUUUAUCAGCUUAGCAACAUGCUCCCCCAGAUCUUCCGAGUCUCCUCCACACUCACUCUGACAUCCAAGCACUGAGCGUGACGGGUGGAUGGACGCACGGCCGAGAGGAUUGCCGCGCGCUCCAGGAACGGGAGCCGAGCUGGAAUCUGCCCAGCUGAGCACCUGGCAGAACCCGCGACUUCAGCCACAAAUCACGACAUGCUGUGUUUGCUAAUCAUUCCAAAAAUGCCCGUGUGCGGCCGACCGGUGACCAGCCUGGCUCCAGCUGAAGCAUUUCUUCUUCUUUUUCUACUUACUGUCCUGCCGGGGAGUGUUAGUAAGUUAAGGCUUAGCCAGACAUCGCAGACGGACGCGGCCUGUAAGACGCUGUUCGCUACAUUUUCACGAAGGCCUGCGACGUCACCAGAAGCAUGAAUCGUACAAGUACAAGGCUAAUUAUGCAUGUGGAUAAAAUGUUUGUCUGCUUUAUUUGUCUAAUCAAAACUUAAAUACACACUCAAGUCAAAAUUU